GACUCCACGCACCAGUCUUUAAACUAAAGUCCUUUUUCUUCUCUUUCCUUUCUGAGAAGAAAUUCCCUUAAAUUCUUCAUAUUCUACUUGAAAAAGCUGAAUUCAUUGUGUUUUCAAGAAUCAAAUAGAAGGUACAAGAGAUAAUAUUUGUGAAAAAGCAAAAAAAAAAUAAAAAAUGAUGGAGAAUCAAGAUUUGGGAUUGAGCUUGAGUCUAAAUUUUUCAGAUAAAAGAACAGCAAAUCCAUUGCAGCUAAAUUCUUUGGCUUCUUCACCUUUCAAUUUAUUUCAGAAAAAUUCUUGGACUGACUCAUUUCCUUCUUCAGAUCAAAACUUGGAGAAAUGCAGAACAUUUUUGAAAGGAAUAGAUGUGAAUAGAGUACCAUCAAUUACAUAUGAAGAAGAAGAAGAAGCUGGAGUUUCUUCACCAAAUAGUACUAUUUCAAGUUUAAGUGGAAAUAAGAGAAGUGAAAGAGAAAUAACUUGUUAUGAGGAAUUGGAAAUAAUGGAAAGAGAAUGUUCUAGAAGUAUUAGUGAUGAAGAAGAUGGAGAAACUUAUAGAAAGAAACUAAGGCUUACUAAAGAUCAAUCUGCUGUUCUUGAAGAGAGUUUUAAAGAACACAACACUCUCAAUCCUAAGCAAAAACAAGCUUUGGCAAAGAGACUAGGAUUGAGGCCUAGGCAAGUGGAGGUUUGGUUUCAAAACAGAAGGGCAAGAACAAAGUUGAAGCAAACUGAAGUAGACUGUGAGUUCUUGAAGAGAUGUUGUGAUAAUCUAACUGAAGAAAACAGGAGAUUACAAAAGGAAGUUCAAGAACUAAGGACACUAAAGCUAUCACCUCAAUUCUACAUGCAAAUGACCCCUCCCACCACCCUCACCAUGUGCCCGUCGUGUGAGCAUGUCGCGGGCCCACCCGCUCCGUCCGCAUCGAGGUCCACAACCAUCGACCCUCGGGCCAACCAGAUGGUCCUGUCCCAACGACGGCCCGUGUCGUUUACUCUCUGGGCCACCUCUCCCGUCCCGCACAGGCCCAUAAGUGCCAUGCACCCUAGGUCGUGAUUUAGCCAUCGGAAGGGCAAUUUGGUCAAAUGGGCUCAUUACUAAUCUUGGAAAAUCCAAGAACAUGAUGUGUAUGUAUGAAAAAAUAGGUCUAAGAUAUGGUGGUUGAAUUUUAGAGAUUUUGAUGGGACUAAAUGUUUUCUUGUUUUUAUGAUAGAUCCCAUGUUUUUUCUUGUAUUGAUCAGCUAGGGUGAGUAGUCAAUUUUUACUCUAUUUAGUAUAGUAAGAUGCAAAUGGUGGAGACUAGGCACUAGAGGAGAGGACUUUAGAUGUAAAAUUUAAUCAAGUGAUAUCCAAUUAUUUAAUUACUCCUGAAAA